GUAUGUGUUUGUGCGGCAUGCACCUGCUUGUGUCUUGACAUACUGGCGCAGUGGAGCAGAUGGAUAACAGUGGGAGACAUAGAGAGGUGGGGCAGUGAUGGGGGUGCAGUAAAGGGUGAGUGGGGUGUUUAGUGGAGGAUGUCAGGAGGAGGAGUGGAAGGAGGGAACAUUGGAGGGGAGCUACAAGCAAGAGAACGCAUAAAAAGAGAGACGAUGGGGCCAUGAGAGACAAGGAAAAGAAGAACAAAGAUGUGUAACAGCAGUAAGGAGAGCUGAGGAGGAGGAGGAGGAAAACAAGAUGAUGGGAUGAAGCUAUUUGACACAGCACUAUUGACCGAGGCCCUACCAUGCCUGUAGCCUCCACCAGGACAGAGCCUGUACCCCAGGUGUUGGAUGUGAUGAGUGACAGCACAACCAGCUCCACCACGGCCAAUGACCUGGACCUCAUCUACCUCAAAGGAAUCAUGGAGAGCCCUCUGGAGCAAGAGGAGGGCCUGAAGGAGCCACACCUGUCACCUGUGAGGGAGAACAAUGUGGAGCUCCUGCAGGAGAUCCUCAGAGAUCUGGACCCCUUCACACACCGCUCUGACACUGCAGCUGAGCUUGCCUGCAUACUCACGCAGCCACAUUUCCAGUCUCUACUGGAGACUCAUGAUUCAGUGGCAUCUCAGGCAUGUGAUAGCCGACCCCCUAGCCCAUGUGAUUUUGUGGAUCAUGAAGCAGAGGACAGCCACACACACAACCUGCACCCACCACCUGAUGCAAUCCGCAUGGUGGGCAUACGCAAAGUGGCAGGGGAGCAUCUGGGGGUGACAUUCAAAGUGGAAGGUGGUGAGCUAGUGAUAGCCCGCAUCCUCCAUGGUGGUAUGGUAGACCAGCAAGGACUGCUUCAUGUCGGAGAUAUCAUCAAAGAGGUGAAUGGACGAGAGGUGGGCCGGGACCCUAGGGUGCUGCAGGAGGAGCUUCAGGCAGCCAGUGGAAGUGUGGUUCUGAAGAUAUUGCCCAGCUACCAUGAAGCCAUACCGCCAAGACAGGUGUUCUAUAAGUGUCAUUAUGACUACGAACCGGCCAGUGACAACCUAAUUCCCUGUAAAGAGGCAGGCUUAAGGUUUGAGACAGGGGACAUCCUGCAGAUAGUCAACCAGGACGAUGUCAAUUGGUGGCAGGCCCGUCACGUGGAGGGUGGGAGUACGGGACUAAUCCCCAGUCAGAUGCUGGAGGAGAAAAGGAAAGCUUUUGUUAAGAGAGAUGUGGAACUAGCGCCAACAGGAAACCUUUGUACUGGUGUUGGAGGAAAGAAGAAGAAGAAAAUGAUGUAUGUGACCACCAGAAAUGCAGAAUUUGACAGACAUGAGAUAUUGUUAUAUGAAGAGGUGGCCAAAGUCCCACCUUUCAAGAGGAAAACUCUGAUUUUAAUCGGUGCCCAGGGUGUGGGGAGACGGAGACUGAAGAACAAACUUCUACUGAAGGAUCCACAGCUCUUUGGCACCACAAUUCCAUAUACCUCCAGAAAACCCAAAAAGGGGGAACGGGAAAGUCGGAUGUACGCCUUCACCAGCCGCAGCAAAAUGGAGACUGAUAUCAAGAAUGGACGCUAUCUUGAACACGGAGAGUACGAUGGAAACCUCUACGGAAUUAAGAUUGACUCCAUACAUGAGGUGGUCGAGGCAGGACGCAUAUGCAUACUGGAUGCCAACCCUCAGUCUCUCAAAGUGCUGAGGACCUCUGAGUUCUUGCCCUAUGUGGUGUUCCUCCAGUCUCCGGACUUCGAGGUGCUCAAGGCAAUGAACCACUCUGCUGUAGAUGCAGGGGUGGUUACGAAGACACUGACAGAUGAAGAACUGCAGAGGACAUACAAUGAAAGUGCUAAAAUCCAGGCAGCCUACGGUCACUACUUUGAUCUCAGCAUCAUUAGUGACAACCUGGAUGAGACCUACCGCACUGUCAAGGCCGCCCUGGAGACGGUUUCUAAAAAUCCACAAUGGGUCCCUGUCACCUGGGUGUUCUAGAAAGAGGCUGGGGAGGACAGAGGAAGGAAGGAAUGUGAGGAACAAGAAAAAAAACAAAAGCACUGAAAAUAUACCACUGUGUAAAUAGUGGAUGUUGUGAUGUAGAUUUUCAAACAUUACUAAAGUAACCGCUUUCCAUGAUAAAGCACACUCUUCAAAGUGUGCAAAUAAACAUCCAUUAUUAUAUAGGAUUAUAUUUUUCAGGACAGGAAGAAAGGACAAGGAAAAAAACGAGGGAUGGAACAAAUAAAUGAGGUCCUGAAUGUCAGAAAUUCACAAAUUUUAAUUGGACUGUGUGUGUGCAUGGAAGUGUGGCCAUCUUUGUGCAUGGACUUUAGCGCAAACAAUUUUUUAUGUUUUUUAAUUAUUUGUGCCAUUUCUGAUGAUCAUCAGCAGACUGUUAUUGUUUACAUUUCAUGAAAAUGAACACUACUGAUGGUUAAUUUAUAAGCUAUGAGUGGUGGUAAAACUUUAUCUGACAAAACAAAUUAGAAAGGAGAUGAAAUUAUAAAAAUGAUGAAAAUAUCCAGCUUUAAAAGUAACAAGAGACAUUUGUCAUAAAAUAUCUUAUUUGUUUGAGAGUCCAAAAACCCAAAGGUAUUCAGUUUGCAAUAAUAUGAAACUAAAUAGGCAAAUAAUUUCUAUUAUUAUCAAUAACAUACUUUUUGUGAUUGGUAAGCAGCACUAGCUUCAGGACAGAAGUAAUAUACUGUAAAUCCAAAACAUACACUUCUAUAAUCUUUUUAUUCGAUAGCGCUAUACUUAAGUGAGAUUAAGUUAAAUUACAUGACAUUGAGUGCCAAUAACAUUAAGCAAGGCUUGCAAUCCUGUUCUCAGUCAGUGUUGUUUAGUUGCAUUUCUUGUCAUGUUUUCCAUUUAAUAUAGUUUCUCACACACACUCACACACACACAGGCAUACAGAGAUGGUGAAAAAUCAAAAAUCCCUAAAAUAUACACAUUAAUGUCAAGGGUGUACCCCGCCUCUCACCCAAUGUGAUUGAUUGAUUCAAUGAUUUAGUGUGUUCACUUAACUGAUGUAUAUAUUGAAGCUUGUUGGAACAAUGAUGCAAUUGCUUAGCUUAGAAAAAAAAACAGUCCAGUGUGUUCCUCAGCUGUUGAAACAGUGAGUACAGGAAGGAAAGAAGAAAAGUCAUAUUACUGUUUUCAUUUUCCCCAGCCAUUGCUCUUUCCUUGUGAUGUGCUUGUUAACUUUACUGCUUUAGCACAUUAUUCUAAAGGGUCACACAGACUGCCUGCAUCGUGUGGCAGAACGUCUUGAUUUUCAUUUAACAAGCAAGGAGCUGCGUCUAAAACCUUGUGACCGCAGCACAUCAUCUAGAGUUUAUUGCCUAUUUUUCAAAAGUUGUUCCUAAUAAAAAUAGACAGGGAAAAGAUAUUGAUAGUCAUACUGACGUCACACUAGCAACAUUACAUUAAACUGACACCUUUCACUGUCACUGAAGAUGAGAGGCUCUCUCUCUCUCUCUCUCUCUCUCUCUCUCUCUCUCUCUCUCUCUCUCUCUCUCUCUCUCUCUCUCUCUCUCUCUCUCUCUCCCUCCCUCUCUCUCUCACUCACUCUUGCUCUCUCUGUUGCUCUGAACAGGGGUAAAUAGAAUUUAUAAUUAAAUGAAAUCAGUCUAUGAUUGAUGGUCAUUAUCAAAGGCACCCAUGAUUAGUUGAUUCACUCAUGGGGUAAAUAUGCACACAAUUUUUUGCUCUCUACUUAUCAUUGACCUGCAAAUUUAUACUGUUGACUAAUACCAGCCUGUCUUAACAUUGACAUGGGAUACAUUGCCUCAUUAUGGACUGAGCUAAUGAGUUUGUGGUUUGACUGUUUUUUUGUUUUGUUUUUUUAGAUCAGAGAGUUUAAUUUUCUAGUGAUGUACAGUGGUAAAGAAAAUGGCAGUAAACAGAGAAUAAGAAAGAAUUUCUGUUGUGACAGUUGGCUGGUACAUUAGUGGUUAACUUGUUAGUUAUAACAGUUCACUAUCUCUGUGAGUAUAAUCAUUACAUCACCAAGCUUCAAAAACCAAAUAUUUUUGAUGUGCAGAUUAUUUUUGCUGUACCACUUUGACUAGGCACAUACUUUACUUUGUCAACCACAUAAUGGAACAUAUAUUAGAAAGCCUCUCACCAGAUUAAAAGUUUUCUCCUAAGUAAUAGACUUCAUAGGGAAUUUGCUUUUCACCAGUAUCCCUAUUAUUUCAUUGGUGUUGGAGCAGUCAGUCAAUCACAGCCUCAAUCAAACUGUCAGUCUCAUGAAGCAAUCACUAUCGAUAUCAAAUCAGUCAGAUAUAUUAGUUGAAAAAAGAUCUGUUCCCAGUCAGACAUUGAUAAGAUCUGAUGGCCCCCAGUAUGGCUUAGAGAAGGAACUGUACAUAGUUUGAGAUCCCUCUAAAUACUUUUUACUUGCUAGUAUAUAUAAUUUAAAAUAAAAUCUCUCUGUUGUAUUCAUGAACUCAGUUGUACACAGUUUGUAGAUAGCGUCUAGAUACACAGUGAUAAAAUAGAUACUCAUAUAGUAUGUAUGAAAUUCUUGCCUAGUAUUUACAGUAUUUGAGACUUAAGUGAUAACUUUUAGAAAGUCCGAAAAGAUAUAUACAGGGGCCUUUGAGUAAACACAACUGAGACAGUUCAAAAUAAAUAAUAAUGAAGACAUUUUUAAUUUCAACUGAUGUGAUUUCUAAUGUUGUGUAAUGCACUCUCAGGCCACAGCACAUUUAACAUAGUGCCAACCAGAAAAAUGUCCUUGUUUGUACUCUACUACUAAUCUACUAAUCUUUUAUUGUGGCAGCUACUGAAUACAUAUGAUGUACAAUGAAUUGUUAACAAUAUUGAUAGAAAAUGUUUGUUUAAUGUUAAGUGUCUAUCAAAUACAAGUAGUGACAAUUGACUGACACUCAGGCCCGUUGUUUUCAGUCAUAUUAGACGAGACACUUUUAGUCACUCGGUUUAUGCUCUAGUUUUUAAAAGUGGCUUCAUCAGAUUUUUGUCUGGUUGCUACAUUUGGAGCUCUGGAAUGUUUGGUGUUGAAAUACACCACAUUGUUCCCUCAAGGACAUUCUAGAACCUCAUUUGUCCCUUUUUUAUGAAAUCUCAUGAAUGUAAUAAAAUAAUAAUUUUAAAAAAUUGUUACUGCAUCUUCACUUAAUGAUAUACAUUUAUUUCCAACCAUAUACCAUCAAGUAAUUUGGUUUGGUUUUUAUUUAGUUCCUAGGGAGCAGCAUGAAGUAUAGAUUUAACUGUAUAUAUGUUUUCUCUCUAUGUACUAAAUAUGAACUGUAUAAGGGUUUUCUUUCAAAAUCCUACAUAACAAGUUCAUACAGUUCGGGUUAAUAUCAAGUUACUCUAAUUGUGGAAUUCCAGCCCUGUGAUGGACUGAUGAUCUGUCCAGGGUGUACCCCUCCUCUCAACCAAUGUCAGCUGGGAUUGGCUUCAGCCCCCCACCCACCCCCACAACCCUUAAGGAUAAGCAAUUUUGAUAAUGGAUGGAUGGACAGUUAUUUAGUAUUAUACUUUUGGGUAACUUAAGAAAAGAACUAUUUUAACUUUUAGUAGUAGUAGUAUGGGUCAAACAUUGAAACCUCUGAAUCCUAUAUUUCCCAUAAUACAACUCAAUAGCAUCUCUCCAUUAAACAUGCUUCCCUAGUGAAUGCCCAUGUUUUUCAAACUCCACUUAUCCCGUUUGUAAUACUAUCAUAAAUUUUGAUGCCCAACCCAAACUAAUGACAUCAGCUGGGAUAUUUUUACAUAUUUUUACAUAUUAAUUUUGGAAUGAAACACAGUAAUCAAUAAUAAAAAAAAUGUUGCUGUAUGACUUUUUUCAGAUUGUUAUCAUGUGCACACUGGUUUUAACAUUAUAUUGUUGAUGCUUUUGUCUAUACUGAAUAAAUUGAUUUGAUUGG